AUGGCCCCGAGCGCUCGAGGAUGGGAGGAAAUCAAAAUAGGCAUCGCAUUGUCAGUCCUUGCCACCAUUGCUGUGUUCUUGCGCUUUGUAGCUCGUUUCGUCAAAAAAGUGAAACUAGGAACGGAUGAUUGGCUAGCAUUGGCGUCUCUCAUAUUAAUCUCUGCUAUGCUCAUUGAGUUGAUUAUUUGUACCCUCACCUCAUAUCCUUCUACAUCGUCUUUCAGUCUAUCUGAUGCAAUAUACCGUAUAGGGGCAGCAAUCGGAAACAGUGGAAAGCACCUCACGGAUCUGGAUACUGAUGAAGUUAUGAUGUUUUACAAGACAACUGAUGCCUCAUUAAACUCAUUCGGAUCACAUAUCUUUCUUGUCAACGAGUUCACUUACGCAGUGGCAAGCCCGCUUGUCAAGCUAACCAUUAUAUUUUUCUAUCGCCGCUUGUUCAUCAGCUCUGGUUUCCGCACUAUUAUCAAUAUGUUAUUCAUCUUGUGCAUAAUAUGGGCAGCCGUGGCUAUACUGGGUUUCGCUCUUCAGUGUCGACCACUUGCCCGACAGUGGGAUAUGACGGUUUCCGGUACAUGUGAUGAUCAAAUCGCAUUUAUUGAAUCCAUUCAAGGGAUCAAUAUCUUCCUCGACGCUUCCAUAUUCGCCGUGCCUUGGCCCAUGAUUUGGAAGCUGCACCGCCCUUGGCAAGAUAAGGUUGGGCUUUCCGGUAUAUUCUUACUUGGUGGAUUGUAA